UCCGGGCUCUUCGUUUCCGCUCCCGAUUGGUUCCCUUCCCCUUCCCGACCCGACCCGACCGGAGAGACCUUCCAGAUCGAGGCAGCCGAGGCUGCCCUAGCUAGAAUCUCGCCUCGCCCAGCCAUGGCCGAGGUCGCGGACGCGUCCCCUCCCCCCACCGGCGGCGGCGGCGGCGGGGACCGCAAGCGCCGCCACGCCUCGCCUGUGCUCCCGCCGCCGCCCCCCGGGCCCCCGCCGCCGGGGCCGCACAAGAGGCAUCGCAGGGAGGAGGGCGGCGGCGGGUUCGACCGGCGCCGGCUCGGUCCAGUUGGCGGCGGAGGGCACGAGCAGGACGACAGGAGGUAUGGCAACGGUCAUGGUGGCGUAGGAGGAAGAGGUGGUGAUGGUCGAUAUGGGAAUCGUGCACCAGAUUGGUCGGAUUCUGGACGUGGUGGAUGGAAUGAAGGCCCUGGGAAUGGCCGUAGGGAAGGACUGAUGUCAUACAAGCAGUUCAUUCAGGAGCUCGAGGAUGAUGUUUCACCAGUCGAAGCUCAAAGCAGAUACGAGGAGUACAAGUCAGAGUACAUCACAACUCAGAAGAAAGCAUACUUUGACCUCCAUAAGGAUGAAGAUUGGUUAAGAAACAAGUACAAUCCUACAAAUCUUGAAGGGGUCAUAGAAAGAAGGAAUGAACUGGCAAGAACUACUGCAAAUGAAUUCUUCCAAGAUUUACAGAGUGGAAGUCUGGACACUGGUCCAGGGUUGACAGGUUCAGCAGCGAGCAAAUCAGGAAAUAAUAGUAGUAAAAAUCUUGUGGAUGCAGAUGGUAAAAAAGGGAAACUUGGGAAGGGCUCUGACGAUUUAUACUAUGCUGCUCCCAAGGCUCACCCAGUUAGUUCUGAGGCUCGGCGAAUCCGAAGUGACAUUGAGCAAGCUCAAGCUCUCAUCUGUAAACUUGAUUCUGAGAAGGGUAUUGAGAACAAUGUUCUCUCCAGUAGUGACCAUGACAAGACAGACAGGGAUAAGUCACAUGGUUCAAUGGGGCCAAUUGUUAUAAUACGGGGAUCAUCUACUGUGAAGGGUCUUGAGGGUGCUGAGUUGCUGGACACUCUUGUUACUUACUUAUGGCGCAUCCAUGGUGUAGAUUAUUAUGGUAUGUCUGAGACAAAUGAACCUAAAGGCCUGAGACAUGUGAAAGCUGAUGCGAGGACAUAUAAUGGGGAUAGCUCAAAUGCAACUGAAUGGGAGAAUAAACUUGAUUCAUUCUGGCAAGACAGGAUUCAAGGUCAAGACCCGUUAGAAAUAUUGAAAGCAAAGGAGAAGAUUGAUGCAGCUGCUACUGAAGUGUUGGAUCCAUAUGUGAGGAAAAUAAGGGAUGAAAAGUAUGGGUGGAAGUAUGGUUGUGGAGCCAAGGGUUGCACUAAGCUUUUCCAUGCUGCCGAGUUUGUCCAGAAGCAUCUUAAACUCAAGCAUGCAGAUGUGGUGGUUGAGCUAACUUCGAAAGUGAGAGAGGAUAUUUACUUUGAGAACUAUAUGAAUGAUCCAAAGGCGCCUGGUGGAACACCUAUCAUGCAGCAACCUGCUCCAAGGGGAAAAGGCAGGCAAAGGCCACCAAUAGAAAGUCGGCUGAGGGAUGAGCGUGGAAAUCGUAGGUUCGACACAAAUGUUGAUUCACCACCACAUGAUGGGUCUGGUGAAAACCCUGAUGAUGCUAUUUAUGAUUCAUUUGGUGAUCCAAUUAUGCAUGGCGCCUUCCCUCCAGAUAUUCCUGCUCCCCCGAUUCUAAUGCCCGUGCCUGGUGCUGGUCCGCUGGGACCAUUUAUUCCUGCACCCCCGGAAGUUGCCAUGCAUAUGAUGAGGGAUCAGGGCGGGCCACCUCAUUUUGAGCCAGCUGGAGGUCCACAUCCUAGGAAAGCAGGGAGGGGUGGUGGCCCCCCAAUGCGUGGUCCAUCCCCAAUCUUCAGCGCUCCUCCGCCUACCCAUAUGCAUGAUCCUCGUAGAAUACGAAGCUACCAAGACCUUGAUGCUCCUGAAGACGAAGUGACUGUGAUGGACUACCGAAGCUUAUCGGGCGGCAUGGCGCUGGGGAGGUCGCCGCCGCCGGAGAUCCGCUCGCCGGACGAGCGGGGCGCCGCGGAGGACGCCGCGGAGGCCGAGGCGGAGGAGGAGGAGGUCUUCGACGACGCCUUCGACAUACCGCACAAGAACGCGCCGCACGACCGGUUGCGCCGGUGGAGGCAAGCAGCUCUUGUGCUCAAUGCUUCGCGCCGAUUUAGAUAUACUCUAGACCUUAAAAAGGAGGAAGAGAAAGAGAUUAUAAGAAGGAAGAUCCGGGCCCAUGCACAAGUUAUACGGGCAGCAUUUCUUUUCAAAGAAGCUGGCCAAAAAGAUAUCAGAGAAGCUUAUAGUGGUAUAAAUCUUGCAACGGCCUCUCGCAGUUUUCCAAUUGAACUGGAAAAGCUUACCACAUUAAACAGGGAACAUGAUACUGUUCUUCUUCAAGAAGUUGGAGGAGUCAAGGGCCUGUCAGAUUUAUUGAAGAGUAAUUUAGACAAGGGAGUUAGUCCAAACGAGGAUGAAUUGUUACAAAGGAGGAGUAUUUAUGGAGCAAAUACAUAUCCACGCAAGAAAAGGAAAAACAUACUGCGAUUUGUAUUUGAAGCAUGCCAAGAUUUAACUCUUGUCAUUCUAAUGGUAGCUGCUGCCAUAUCACUGACAUUGGGUAUGACCACAGAGGGUGCUGAUGACGGAUGGUAUGAUGGUGGGAGUAUUUUUUUAGCUGUCUUCCUUGUGAUACUUGUUACCGCAAUCAGUGAUUAUAGACAAUCUCUUCAGUUUCGACAUCUGAAUGAGGAGAAACAGAACAUACAAGUGGAGGUUGUUAGAGGUGGUAAAAGAUCGGCAGCAUCAAUAUUUGACCUUGUUGUUGGUGAUGUAGUUCCUCUCAAAAUCGGUGACCAAGUUCCUGCUGACGGUAUUCUGAUAUCUGGCCAUUCUCUUGCAAUAGAUGAAUCGAGUAUGACUGGAGAGUCAAAAAUUGUUCACAAGGAUCAAAAGGCACCAUUCUUGAUGUCUGGUUGCAAGGUUGCAGAUGGCUAUGGUUCUAUGCUUGUAACAGGCGUGGGUACCAAUACUGAAUGGGGUCAGUUGAUGGCUAACCUUUCAGAAGAUAAUGGUGAAGAAACGCCAUUGCAGGUUCGCCUGAAUGGUGUUGCAACUUUUAUUGGUUUGGUAGGCUUGUCCGUAGCUGGUGCAGUACUUGUUGUGCUUUGGAUAAGAUAUUUUACUGGACAUACCGAGAAUCCUGAUGGGACUACUCAAUUUGUUGCUGGGACUACUGGUGUGAAACAAGGAUUUAUGGGGGCAAUUAGAAUUUUGACUAUUGCUGUGACUAUUGUAGUUGUUGCUGUGCCUGAGGGACUCCCAUUGGCAGUAACUCUGACGCUUGCGUAUUCAAUGAAAAAGAUGAUGCGAGACAAAGCGCUGGUCAGACGGCUCUCAUCAUGUGAAACGAUGGGAUCAGCUACUACAAUAUGCAGUGAUAAGACAGGAACUCUUACCUUGAAUAAGAUGACAGUUGUGGAAGCAUAUUUUGCUGGAACAAAGUUGGAUCCCUGUGACGAUAUUAGCCAGAUAUCAGAUGAUUCAGCAGCAAUUAUUCUGGAAGGAAUUGCACAGAACACAACAGGAACAGUAUUUUUGCCAGAGGAUGGGGGAGAGCCAGAACUUACGGGUUCACCAACUGAAAAGGCCAUUCUUUCUUGGGGUCUUAAGAUAGGGAUGGAUUUCCAUGACAUGAGGUCAAAAUCUUCAGUCAUUCAUGUUUUCCCAUUUAACUCAGACAAGAAACGUGGUGCUGUUGCAGUACAGUCAGAUGAAGGUGUUCAUGUCCACUGGAAAGGUGCAGCUGAAAUAGUGUUAUCUUCUUGCAAAAGCUGGCUUUCUGUCGACGGUUCAGUUCAGCCAAUGAGUACUGAGAAACAUGAUGAAUACAAGAAAUCUAUUGAAGACAUGGCAGUGAAUUCAUUACGCUGUGUUGCUUUUGCAUAUUGUGCUCCUGAUGGUGAAAUGAUUCCAAAGGAAGACAUAGCAAACUGGAAGUUGCCUGAGGAUGACCUGAUUCUGCUUGGCAUAGUAGGAAUAAAGGACCCCUGUCGCCCAGGAGUAAGGGAUGCUGUACGACUAUGCACUACUGCCGGUGUAAAGGUGCGCAUGGUUACUGGAGAUAAUAUCGAAACAGCUAAGGCUAUAGCUUUGGAGUGUGGAAUACUAGAUGCAAAUAGUCUUAUUUCGGAGCCUGUUGUAAUUGAGGGAAAAGUGUUCCGUGAGAUGUCUGAAAGUGCGAGAGCAGAUGCCGCUGACAAGAUAAUUGUGAUGGGGAGAUCGUCUCCAAAUGAUAAACUUUUGCUUGUCCAAGCUUUAAAAAAGAAGGGACAUGUUGUAGCUGUUACUGGUGAUGGUACUAAUGACGCCCCUGCAUUGCACGAGGCCGAUAUAGGUCUUUCAAUGGGCAUUUCAGGGACGGAAGUUGCUAAAGAAAGCUCCGACAUUAUAAUCUUGGAUGAUGACUUCACAUCAGUUGUCAAGGUUGUUCGUUGGGGACGGUCUGUCUAUGCAAAUAUUCAGAAAUUCAUUCAAUUCCAGCUUACUGUUAAUGUUGCUGCACUUGUGAUUAAUGUGGUUGCUGCUGUGUCCUCUGGUGAUGUGCCCCUAAAUGCAGUUGAGCUUCUCUGGGUGAACCUUAUUAUGGACACAUUGGGAGCUCUUGCAUUAGCAACCGAACCACCAACUGACAACCUUAUGAAGAGAAAUCCUGUUGGUCGAAGGGAACCUCUUGUUACAAAUAUCAUGUGGAGAAACUUGUUUGUUCAGGCCCUUUACCAAAUAGCAAUUCUUCUCAUCUUUGAUUUUGCUGGAGUAAGAAUUCUGCGGCUGCAGAAUGAAAGCCGAUAUAAUGCUGAGAAGAUAACGAACACCUUCAUCUUUAAUACAUUUGUCUUCUGCCAGAUUUUCAACGAGUUUAAUGCACGCAAACCUGAGGAGAGGAAUGUCUUCAAAGGAGUAACAAAGAACCACCUCUUCAUGGGAAUAAUCGGAAUAACAACAGUACUUCAGAUUCUAAUAAUUCAGUUCCUGGGGAAGUUCUUCAAGACGGUGAGACUUGAUUGGAGACUAUGGUUGGUUUCAGUUGCUAUUGGCGUUAUAAGUUGGCCCCUGGCAUAUCUCGGGAAAUUCAUUCCUGUGCCCGUAAGACCACUCCAGGACUAUUUCAAGCCCCGCUGCUGCCGGAGAGCGCGCCGAGAUGAGGAAGAAGGCAGGCAGACGUAGGGCGCAAUCGAGUAAGCCGGUGUAAAUAGCCAUGUCAUAAGAAGAGAAGAUAAAUUUUCUACUGGUUCCACGGGAACAGCCGCUUGGGGAAUGUAUAAGUUGCCAACAGAGCCCCGGCCUGUUAGUUUCUUCUACAGGAAAUGCAGUGGGAAACUGUACAGCAGCCAAACUCCUGUCCUAGGCUACUAGCCUACUACUAGGUGUAGGUGGUAUGGCUUUGCGGCAGCGGAAGCGCAAGCGCAGUCGGAGCUACUAGUUUUGUGCCUCGCUUAAUUAGCUUGCGAUCUAACCAUUUUUCUCUCAAUCUGGCUGUAAAUUUGUAAAUGUUUAUCUGCUACGAGAUGUUCUCAGUUUUCCAUCCAUAUAAUCUGUUAUUAUCUUACGAAAACAAA